AUGGAGAAGGAGGGCGAGCUCUGCGAUCUGCGGUCCGCCCUCUUUCGCCCCGCUGCGCCCGACAGCCUCUGCUCUUGUUCAUCUCUGCAUCUUUGGCAAGGGGGUGGCGAGACCAAGCAGUCGAACCUUUGCGAAGCAUCUACUCGCACCAGGCAUCACCCAAUGUACGGACGGAAUCUUUCUCAGGACGAUUGGCCAGAGCUGUCUCGGCUGAUCGACCGGGCUCGUGGCCUCCCAUCCAGCUCAUCUUUUCGCGUUGCUGCCCUCAUCGAAGGUGAGGAGGACGUGUAUGCAAAGGAGGUGGCUCUUUGGAAAGCCGGGGCUGAUGUGUUCCAGCUGACGUUCAAGACCGUCAGGGCGGACACCUUGUUCUUCCCGAAUUCCAUGAUCGCGGAGGGCCGAAACUACCUCUUUGCAGCUGCCUCAUAUGUGGAGCUGCAGAUGGGCUACAGGUACACCUACUACUGUUACUUUGACGCAGACACUGCACUCGAGAACUGGCAUGUGGGAUGGCACAGCUUCGAGAGCUUCCUGCGCGAGUGGGAACCUGCAGUGGGAUUGCCAAGCCUGGACGGCUACAGUAGCGUCCUGGAUGUCUAUCGAAAGGAGGACGGUGCCGCUGUGAGAACCGUUCUGAACUUUGACCACACUGUAGAAGCCGUGCACUCCGAUGCUGCGUUUUACUUGCUGCCCUAUGUUCUUGACCUCGACGAAGACUGCCAGUGGGUCUCUCAAUGGCGUUUUGCCUCCCUGGCAACUGCCUUGUUCCCGGAGCAUGUCUUGUUGACGCAUGACGUCCUGGUCCAGAACACUGCGCACGGACACUACAGCAGGGAAUACUGCCUGGAGCGCAUGAUGGACGCAACACUGGAGCUCCGUGCGAAGAUGCCCAAGGCUGCCAGCUGCUUCGUUGAACCCCGCAACGAGGCCCUGUCGCUGAACGGGAAGCUGCGGCUUUCGGCAUAUCUACCCUGGGCCAAAGCCCUGAAGCGCACUCAAGCGGAGAAAACACGGCAGAACUACACCAGCCCGGAGAUUCUCAGCAAGCUGCGGGGUUGCGAGGACCUGGCGGCUGUGAGGGCAUUGAGCCAGCAGGCAGACCACUCCUGGUGCCGUGGCUGCCCAACAAGUAUGGCCUUUGCGAUGCUGCAGUACAUCGUUGUACAGCGACCUAUGGAAUUCGUGGGAUGGCUGCGCCUUGCGGACUUCACAGCAGCCGCGGUUGCAAAUCGCGACGAAUUGCUGAUCUCCGAGAUGUGCCUCAGCGUCGCCGUGCGGAUGCUGCGCUGCAUCAAGGGUAUCGAUGGUAGCCGCGUCUCAUGGAAGGAGCUCAAGAAAUUCCAUGCCGCGCAUGUGGAGUUCGGAAUCCAUGUAGAGCCGAAUGAAGAAACAGUGCAGGAGAUUGAGCGGCUCACGCUGACUCCUUCCCGCCGAGAUACUGUGAUUGCAGCACUGCGCCUCGCGCUGACUCCGCAAGGAGAUCUGAUAGAGCCGGUAUCGCUGAUGUCGGACGACAAAAUCGGGUCUCUCGUCGAUUGGCUCUUUAGUUGCCCCACAACUGGCGGUGCUUAA